AUGGCUGCAUUGUUAUUAGAAGGUGGUCGAACGGCUCAUUCUCGAUUUUCAAUACCGAUACAGGUACACGAGACUUCCACUUGCACCUUUUCUGCUGAUAGCGAUAUUGCUGCUUUGAUUGAAGAAGCUAAGUUGAUCAUCUGGGAUGAGGCACCAAUGAUGCAUAAACAUUGUUUUGAAGCUUUAGAUCGAUCUUUAAGAGAUAUUCUGAACCCUGGAAAACUUUUUGGAGGUAAAGCUGUUGUCUUUGGAGGUGAUUUUCGUCAGAUUUUACCAAUGGUACCUAAGGGUAGUCGAGAACAGAUUGUUCAAGCUUCAUUAUCUUCUUCGUUUUUGUGGAACUCUUGCCAAGUUCUUACAUUAACAAAAAACAGGAGACUUACUGUGGAGUCAGAUCCAUUAGAAGUGGAUCUCAUCAAAGAUUUUUCUGAGUGGAUACUAAAACUUGGAGAUGAUAAACUUUAUGAGCCAAACGACGGUGAAGCGGUGAUUGAUAUACCUGAAGAUAUGCUUCUGAAAGACUCUAUGGAUCCAGUUAAUUCAACCGCACUUAGCACAUAUCCGUCUUUGCUUCACAAUCUUGAUGAUGGAGAUUAUUUCAAAGAACGUGCGAUACUAUGUCCUACAAAUGAUGUUGUUGAUGAGGUAAACGAUUACAUGAUGGAUCUUCUUCCAGGGGAAUCACAUCAGUAUUAUAGUUCAGAUAAGAUCUGCAGUUCAGAUACUUCCAGCAAGAGAGAUGAUGGUCUCUCAACAGAAUACCUUAAUUCAAUUAAGUGUUCUGGAUUGCCAAACCAUCUUUUGAAAUGGAAGAAGGGCGUUCCUGUUAUGUUGCUACGAAACAUCGACCAGCAAUACGGGUUAUGUAAUGGAACCAGGCUGCAAAUAACUCAACUUGGAAAACAUGUCAUUGAAGGAAAAGUUCUCACUGGGAAUAACAUCGGCAACAAAGUCUAUCUUCCAAGAAUGCUCUUAAUGCCUACAGAUUCUAGAUUGCCUUUCCGGCUUCAGCGAAGACAGUUCCCAAUAGCUCCUUGCUUUGCGAUGACAAUUAAUAAGAGUCAGGGACAGUCUCUCCCAUGUUGGGAUAUACUUGCCGAGACCAGUAUUUACACAUGGUCAAUUGUAUGUUGCAGUGUCAAGAGUCAAGAGUAG